CUGCAUUCCUUGCCUGUAAAAGCAAAGGUGCUGGUGGCAGGAUUUGAAACAAACAGCAAAGAAAGAAGAGAGAGACUCGUUUCUCUCAAUGCUCAGCUAAAAAGGAUAGGAGUGCAGCCAGAAUGCUCUUUGCUUCUGAGCACAUGCGCUGCAGCAGGAGUCAUCCUGGCUGGUUGGCAGGGGACAGCCUACAACAGCAGUGCCUGCAAGGACUGGAUUUUCUUCAUGCAAACAAUGUGAUCCAUCGAGACGUGAAGAGUGACAACAUCCUUCUCAGAACGGACGGUUCUGUCAAACUGGCUGAUUUUGGCCUCGCUACUCAGCUCACCCCUGAGCAGAGCAGACGGUGCUCGGUAACCGGGACUCCUUGGUGGAUGGCGCCUGAAGUGGUGACAGGUCAACCAUAUGGCCCCAAAGUGGACAUAUGGUCUUUUGGAAUUGUGGGAAUUGAAAUGAUAGAACAAGAACCUCCUUACUUGGGCGAAAGUUCUGGCACGGCUACAUACCUGAUAGCCACAGUAGGGACUCCACAGCUGCGGCAGCCCAAGCUCCUCUCGGCUUUGCUGCGUGACUUCCUGAGCUGCUGCCUGCAGACAGACGAGGAGCAGCGCUGGUCUGCCAAGGAGCUCCUGCAGCAUCCAUUUGUAAGAUUUGCUGAGCCUGCGUCCAGCCUGGUGCCACUGAUUGUUUCAGUGAAGAAGAGGAAGGAGACAAGAAUGUGAUAAUCACAUCAGGACCAUUUAUUCCUCAAUCAGUUUAGAGUAGGAUUGUAGGGUAGGAUUAGGAUUAGGAUUAGGAUUAGGAUUAGGAUUAGAUUAAGGAUAAGGAUAAGGAUAAGGAUAAGGAUAAGGAUAAGGAUAAGGAUAAGGAUAAGGAUAAGGAUAAGGAUAAGGAUUAGGAUAAGGAUAAGGAUAAGG